AUGUACUCGACCCAUGAUCGCCUUCAUACCUACUCGGACGUGGACGAAGCCAUGUUCCAAGACGUUUUGUCUGUGCUCGUCCAGUCGUGCAAAAUGAAGAAGCGGAAUCGCCGACCUUCGCCAUCAUCCUGCGAAACGAGCGAAAAGCGACCACCGAAACGCAUUCGUAUUACACCGUUUCGACGGAUCCUAGCGCUCCGUGCCCAAGUCGACGACCUUACCCUCCAUCGCGACCGACUCCGACAUGCCAAGAAAGUCCGACGAGAGGCGGUUUCCAACGGUAAUCUUGUGGAAGCAGCCAUGCGCGAGCACGAGAUGCUUCUUCGGCACAAGGACCAACUCGCUGCGAUCAUCUUGCGCUUGCAAGCUGACCUGUUUCCGGUGCAUUGUUGGAAUCUCUCGCAACCCGAUCACGCUCCCAACAUCACAAUUGUGUCUCCCCCAUCCCCUUGCGGCGUUUAUGGGUCUAAGACGGUGAUCAAGCACGAACCUUUUGCUGCCGAGGACUACAUUUCAGACGUCCCACAUGCUAUGCAGUCGAUCCCGACCGCCUCCCCAGACGACGAUCCGUCGCUCCUGACCACAUUCGACACGACCCCGUCAAUCCAAGCACGGCCUCCACCUCCGUACACCCCCGUCGAUAUUGGGCACUAUGAUCUUGAAUUGGAUUUCAUCAAGAUGGAAUGCCUUUGA